AUGGCCUCAGCACCAGAAACCGGCGUCUCAGGUUUUCGAGUGACCCCUUUCGAAGAUGGAGGCGCACCUGCGUCAAACUGUGGUACCGCGGUAUCUUCUUCCAUGCAACGAUCCUCAACGGCCCUGUACAUGAACAACCGCUACGGCAACAAGUGGUGCCGUCUACGUCGGCUCGGUCACGGCCUGCAGCAUCAAGGCGGGUCUGUUCUAGGCGGCCGAAGGAGCCAUCGCGCUCAGCUAUCUGGAGUCGGAGAACUGGAAGCGCCUCUUGCUGACGGCGCGCGUGUGUGUUUCGGACGUGUCUCUGAUGACCCUCAUCGGAGGCUGCUGGGCCCGUGGCGCUGUCGGGCAGGCCGAACUACGCCCGCCACAAGCCGGUCCCUCAACUGGGACGAGCCGGACCUCGGGCGCGGCUGGGCGCUGUCCAUCACCUAG